GUUCACGUGACGCGGCGUUCUGGCGGAAGUGAGGGCAGUGAUGCGUCAAGGCGGACGCUCAGGUUUAUGCUUGGGCGGUAACUGGCGCGGGAGCUGCCACCCCUUCUCCGGGGGCAGCGGCGGGGAUCAUGGAGGCGGUAAGUGGCAGCGGGGCUCGGGAGUUUCCGUCUGGUGCUCGCUCGGCUCCUAGGAGGGAGGUUUCCUGCUGCUCCUCCCUUUCCCCGCCCUUAAGAGAGAGCUCUGGGGGCCGCCCGGCAGGGACUUCAUUGGGUGGGGGUCUUUUAAGCGAGGCUACAGAAUCAUGGCUGAGUUGGAAGGGACUUCGAGGGUCGUCUAGUGCAACCCCUUUUGCCCUGCACGGAACUCGAACCCAGGACCCGGAGAUUUAAGAAUCUCGCGCUCUACCGACUGAGCCAUCGCAUCAGGGCUAGAUGGUGUGUGUUGUGUCAAUACCUGUAGCUGUAUGUCUCCGUCUACUUUAUUUCGUAAAAUUUAUGCGCUGCUUGAUUGUGAAAAAACCAAAUCAAGCCUCAAAGCAGUUCACAAAAAGAUAAAACAGUGAAAUCGAGAAAGGUUCGUGACCCUCCUAAGACAAGCAGAAGUUAAAAGACUAGAACAGAUUAGAAUCACUUCAACUUCCUAAGCAUCUGGGUCGGCUUGUCUAAACAGGAGAGGUUUCAGCAGGUGCUGGAUCUUUCCAGAGUACAGUGGAGGCGCCUGCUUGAGCUCUCAAUAGGCUGGGAGUUCCGUAGCUGCCAUAUUACGAAAUGGUCCAGUUAUUACAAGUGCAGAAUGGGUAUUACGUGGCACCUGUAGUAGUACCGUAUAGGCUGAUCAAAAUGGUCGAGUGAGCCCAUGUAUAUAUUAUAUAUGUGUAUAUGUGUGUGUAUAGAUAGUGUGUGUGUAAUUGCUGCUUUUAUGUAGCACUUUUAGAGCGUGCAGAGUGCUCCAUGUGAAUUAUCUUAGUAACCUGCACCUGCAUGAUGACACUAAAGAUAAGUUGGUUGCUAUCCCCAUAUUGUAAAUGGUUGGGCUGAGGUGGAGUGACAGUAACUUGUUCCUGGUUGUCAAUGCAAAUGUUACUGCAGCCUGCUUGUAACUAUUCAUGCUUAAGACAGAACUAUAGGGGUGUAAAAGAAUGUCUGGGGUGUUGGUGGGGGCACAUAAAGAUGCUAGCAGCUAUUUCUGUGACUGAUUUGAAAAGCUUUAAGAUGCAAUUAGCUCCUCAAGUACAUUUGCUGAUCUGGAUCUCUGUUGCAUAUCUUCUCCUUAAGGAUACCUUGGACCACAAUGAAAAAACCCCACUUACUUUAACUGGGUAUAGGAUUGCAAGUUAACUUAGCCACCUCCUUCCCUCUUUGGGAAUGAAAAGGAGGCAGAGCCAGAGCUGCUUCCCAUCCACUGUGACCACAAAGAAGCCAUUUGCCUUGGCAGCAACUGCUGUCAGUAAAAGUAACUUCUCUGCAAAUACAGCCUUAAUCUCUGAGAACUGUGUGCACUGAUGGGAUGCACAGCAGCAGUGUCUUCUGAUUCCUCCUGGAGGGAACGUGUGGCAGGCAAAGGUCACAGUCCUUUGCACAGUUAGAUUAACUCCAUGAGAUUUACUUCUGAGUAAACAUGAGUAUGUGGUGCGAUGUGGCCUAGCAUGUUGCAGCAUCAUGAAAUAUCUGCUCUGCCUCUGUACUUAUCCUCCUUUCAAGGUAAUGUGUGUUCUAUUCAUAGCGAUGCUUCAGUGCAACAAGCAUAAUGCAAUAUGCCAUUAACAUUCUUUUAUAAAAAUAGUUAUGAGGCAUUAUUAUGCCAGAAGCAUCUUUUUUAAUUCACCUCAAUUUCUCUUUUUAAUAUUUCUUUUCAUUAAAUAAAAAACAUGGAAUUCUGUAUCAUGUAAGAACUAAGGAAUUGGAGAAAGAAAAUACAAUUUAGUUAAAAGUAAAAAUUAAACAUAAAAAGGAGAGUGGCUCAAGUUUGGGUUGCAUUCAGAAUCCCAGGAAGAAGAAUACUUAUUGGUAUUGGAGCAUAAUAACAUGCCCCUUUUUGUUUUGCUUUGUAAGUAUCAGUCUGUUGUCCUUGGAGGUCUUGUGAUAUUCUCACUUGAAGCAUUACUAAUAAAUCUUUAAGUCGUGGUGUAUCUCACUAGAGGCAUUUGAUCUAACCUGAUAAUUUGCCAAAGCUUUGCGCCCCUGGAAGGAAUUUGAAAUGUUGCCUCUGCCCUGUUCAGCUGGCUUAAUUUUUUUCAAAAAUCCUGGCUGCCGGGUGCCUCUUUCCUGUGUUGUGGAGGCUGUGGGAGAAACAAUGGCAUGGUAGAAAUUGUUAUUGGUGUGCUCAGGCGUGGCCAGGAAUAGGAAGCCAUAAAGCCUGCUCAGCUUGUUUUCUGUACCAACUGGUGAAAUUGUGGCCAGAAGCCUUUACUGUAACAGCAAAUGUUCAAGUUCUCUGAAAAGUCUACAGUUUUCAGAGUCCACGAGGAGGGCAGUUUAUCCAGCUGCCUUUAAAUCCAAUUAUCUAUGCUCAUGAGAGUCUGUCUCCUCUCUGAUUCCAUUGCUGUUUGCUACAUGUGAGCAGAGGCUUGUUGCCACUGAGCCCGUGACCUUCCCUAGUCUAAUCCCAAUUCUUAUUUAUAUCCCCCAAUGGUGCCUCCUGCAUGACGCACAAACUGGUGUGGAACUACAGCAGGAGUGACAGCCCACCAGUUCUGGACACUGGCAAGCAAAGAGAGCUAGCACACAUGAGUGAUGAUGGCUCAAUAGGUUUGCAGGCUACAUAUAUACGGGGAAGUGCUGGGUUGCAGCAGAACAGUUUUCUUUUAAAUGCAGAUAUUUAUCUGUAUUGCUUACGCUAUGUGAGAUUGUCUGCCUGUAGUUUUUUUUUUUUUAAAUGAUAUUUAUUAAAGUUUCAAUAAAAGAUUAAACAUAAAACAUAAAAAAGAAAUACACAAUUCAAAAUAUACAAUACAUAGUCUAAAAGAAAGAAAAAAAUAAAGAAACAAGAAAACAAAAGACAAAAAAGAAAGUAGAACAAUUAAAAACAAUAUCACCUUUUCGUCUCCAUUUUUAAAUUUACUUAUUUUCUGGACCUCCUCGUACCUCCCUCUUUUGUAUUCCAGUUCAAAUUGUUUGUCCAGCAAUUUCUUUCCCUCUUUUUAAUCCCAAUCUUAACUCUUAAUAUAAUAUAACAUUAAAAUUUUACCUUUUAAAAACCAAAUUUCCAUUUCCUUAAACUUUUUUAAUCCUAAUCCUUAAUCUUAAUCUAUCCAUAAUUUUAAAUCCUAAACAGCUGGAAGCCACUUAUUUUUAAUCCAACAUCACUCUAACAUUCUUUAAUUUUACAAUGUUUCUGCAGAUUGAAUUUCUUCCAAUCUUCCUCCACCGACUCUUCUCCCUGGUCACGGAUUCUACCAGUCAUUUCCGCCAAUUCCAUAUAGUCCAUAAGUUUCAUCUGCCAUUCCUCCAGUGUGGGAAGCUCUUGUGUCUUCCAGUCUGCCUUUAGUGUUUGAAGCCAGAGUGUGUGUUGAAGCUAAAUGCUGGGUUUAUGUACAGAUAGACACUCAUACAGAGACUGUAGUUAAGGAAUCCCUGCACAUAAGUGCCUGAGUUGGGAGUAUGUGCAAGUAUAUGGAGGCUUCUGUAGUGCAAAUUAUAUUUUUAAAUGAGACAUGAAACAAAAAAAAAGUAAUAAUCCUUUUUAAAAUUAUAAAGGUGAUGGCAACUGACAUUCAAGGAAUUAUAGUUACAAGGAGCAUGAACUUGGUGGUAGUAGUAGUAAUAAUAAUAAUAAUAAUAAUAAUAAUAAUAAUAGUGCCCUGCCUGGGUUGCCCAGCCACUUUGAUCAGCUUCCAACUAAAUAUAAUAAUAUAAAAACACAGUGAAACAUUCAAAUAUUAAAAACUUCAUUACAGUGGUACCUCGGGUUCCAUACGCUUCAGGUUCUAUAUGCUUCAGGUUACAGACUCUGCUAACCCAGAAAUAGUACCUUGGGUUAAGAACUUUGCUUCAGGAUGAGAACAGAAAUCGUGCUUCACAAGUGUACACAUCCUUUACAUAUCCUUUACUUUCCCUCCCUUCCUAUUUGGUCUAUUCCUUUUGAACAGGUUAUAUCCCUCAAUUCCUACAUUCCAGUCUCAUCGCACCAGGUUUCAGUAAUGUCUACCAGGUCGUAUUUGCCAUCCUGUAUUAAAAACUCAAUUAAUCUUACUUGUUUCCCAUACUCUGUACAUUUGUGUAGAGACAGACAAUUGAAACCAUAAGCCCUUCCUCCAGCUACUUCCUUCCUGUAGUAUCUUGCCCUUUAGUAGGUUUCUGGAGCAGCUUCAAUUACCGUAUUUUUUGCUCCAUAAGACUCACUUUUUCCCUCCUAAAAAGUAAGGGGAAAUGUGUGUGCGUCUUAUGGAGCGAAUGCAGGCUGCGCAGCUAUCACAGAAGCCAGAACAGCAAGAGGGAUUGCUGCUUUCACUGUGCAGGGAUCCCUCUUGCUGUUCUGGCUUCUGAGAUUCAGAAUAUUUUUUUCUUGUUUUCCUCCUCCAAAAACUAGGUGCGUCUUAUAGAGUGAAAAAUACGGUAUGCAAAAUGGAAAGACAAACUUACCCUGUGGAAACCUUCUCUUUCUUGGAAAUAUUUCCCCCCACAUCCUUACAUGAGAGGCUAUGUGCAGAUGUUUUCACAUGCCAUGAUGAUGAUGAUUUAUUGAAUUUAUAUACUGCCCUAUGCCCGGAGGUCUCUUGAUUAACAUUUAAUCGGGUGCCAGAGGCCAUGUAGAAUUGUUCUGGAGUUCCCAUGUCUGUACUGAAGGCUACAGGCUGAUCACCCACAUCCUGCAGAAUGUAUGUUAAGAAAACUGUCGUGAAGCUUGAAUGCUGCUGUGAAAGUUACGCUUCUUGAGAACUUUUGUGUGUUCAACAAUCUGGAUUUUCUUUGAUUUGCUUGCAGUCCUUAAGACUGAGAACAUGGAAGAAUUUUGCACACUUCACAUUUCUGAAAUAAUUUUGUUCAGCGCAAAUUCAUCUCAGAACACCUUCUUGUCACCUGCAGCAAGAUGUUUGCUGGUUUUGGUUUCAACCAGUGCAAUCUGCUUAGGAAGCCUGCUUUUCUGGUUAUCUUCGGCUUACAUUUUCUCCUGUAAACACCGUUUUGUGUGUGUGUGAGGUAGAAAGACGUCUUUCUGUAGGCAGACUCCUGGUUGGACUGCAGCAAGAAUCUUUGCCCAGAGUUCAGCUUUAAAUUGUACUGUACAGGUUUUGUUGCUCAGGUGAGGCUUGGCCACACUUCCCUUUGCCGUGGAGACCUUUCCUAUUUUAACAUGACCAGGGUCUCCGGGCAGGUUUUGAAUGGUGGCAGCUUCCUUCCCAGCUUGGAAGUGGACAGCUGGGGUUUGUCAUGCCCUGGAAACUAUGCUGACCACUGUGGGAACAUAAUGAAGUUUUCGUGGGAGAGGGGACAGGAGUCACCGAGGGCACAGUUUCACCCUCCCAGCUGCUGGGAAGGAGCCUGCAAGAAGUCAGCAUUUCCCCAUGCUGUGCUCACAUUCCCUGACUUUAAGGAGGUGGGUCUCCUGAACUGGAGGUCUUAAUUGGACAGCAAAGGGACUGCCAGCAGUCUAGUUCUGGGUCAGCUGUGGGAUGCAUAGUUGCAUCCUGGACAUAAAAAAUGAGAAUGUCCUCCCCCCUUACGCACCCAAGCGCUCUCUGAGGGAUGUCUUCCUGAUGUGCCACCACGUGCUUUGUGCACUUGUGUGUGUGCAUGGGCUGUAUGUGCGUACAUAAGUUUUCUUCCUUGCAUUAUCCUAACCAUCCUGUGAAGUAACUAGGCUGAGUAAUAGCGACAAGCUGAGCUUCAUGGCUGAAAAGGAAUAUGAACCAAUUCAAAUCCCGGUAGCCUGGAUGCCCAAGAUGUUUCUUUCCUUUCUGAACUGUUCAUACAAUAGUUGCAGUCAAGCAUCUCUAUUGCAUGUGUCUGUCUUUGUGUGUGUGUGUGUGUGUGUGUGUGUGUGUGUGUGUCAGUCAAUCAAUCAAUCUUCCCUUAGCUCAGAUUUGGGGAAGCUGUUGCUCUCCAGGUGACAUUCAGCUACACCUCCCAUAAUCCCUGACCAUUGUCCGUGUUGGCAGCUGCAGGAUGCUGGAGGAGUUGUAGCUAAUCACCCCUGAUCUCCUAUUUCUCUGUGUUUUAUUCUUUGCAGGCCACUGUUCCUGAGAGUGGACUGGAGAAAAGCCUGCCCUCGUCAGAAGGUGAGUGUCACACCUCGGGAGGAUGCUCUGGGGUGCUGAGCAGAGGAUGGUCUAUGCGUGUGAUGACAUUAUGAAGAUACGGUGCUUGAAAUGUGCCUUUGGAGAGCACUGUUCACCUUUCAGUCAGCAAGACCCUCCUGGAUGAUGGGAUACUCACAGGCCCUAUUAGAUCGCUAAAGUUUUCCUAAGGGAUUCUCACUCACUUUGAGCAUGGCUCCACCAAUAUGUGCUUGGCUUACAAACCAGCCUCCAUUUUUCCUUGCCAUCACCUCCCCAUCCACAAGUCUUCUGGCAUCCUUAAAGGUCUUGGGGGGGAAAGUCGGGGAUUUCCCUCAUUCAUGUUCGGGUGGGGUGGGGGAAGAAAAUAAGAAACAGCAGGAAAAGACUUCACUCCCAAGUCUUAGGUGCUCCUUUGUGCCUUCAGGGAUAGCUCAGUUGGUACGAGAGCAUGAGACUCUUAAUCUCAGGGUUGUGAGUUAGGCAAAAGAUUCCUGCAUUGCAAGGGGUUGGACUUGAUUAGCUUUGUGUGCCCUCCACCUCUGAUUGUAAGGCCUGGAGAAGUGGAGUUGUAUCUCACUUGCACAGAGGCUUGACUACGAAAAGGAAUGAAGGGAAAGACUCACUGCAAUUUUUUUCUUCCCAAACCACCGUGCACAUGAGUCCCAAGCCCAGUGAAAGGGUGGAUAAGGCUGUUGGGCAUUCCUUUGGCUUGGGAUCACUUGUCGCUGGUAAGAUAGUGAUUUGUGGACACUUGCCCUUGGCCAUAGGCUGACUCAUUGUCAUGUGUUUUCGCACUCUGAGACUUACUGAAGUUUGACAUUUUUAAUACAGUGGUACCUCGGGUUACAUAUGCUUCAGGUUACAUACGCUUCAGGUUACAGACUCCGCUGUCCCAGAAAUAGUGCUUCAGGUUAAGAACUUUGCUUCAGGAUGAGAACAGAAAUUGUGCGGCAGCAGGAGGAGGCCCCAUUAGCUAAAGUGGUGCUUCAGGUUAAGAACAGUUGCAGGUUAAGUACAGACCUCUGGAACAAAUUAAGUACUUAACCCGAGGUACCACUGUGUAUGCCUUCCUACACCCCUCAGGCUUACUCCUCAAUCCCCAGAGUGGGUCACUCUAGACCAGGCAGGGGGAACCUGUGGCCCUGGGACUCCAGCUCUCAUCAGCCUUUGCUAGCAUGGCUAAUGGUCAGCAAUGAUGGGAGCUGUGGUCCAGCCCUUCUGCUCUAGGCCAUUGAGCCUGGCAUUGCCACCUCACCAAAUGUCCAGGGUUUCUUCAUCACCGUCUUUCUCUCCAGAACAAGCCAACAUAUCAUUUUCCCACCCAAAGUGGCUGUCUGAGCAAUUCAGAGCAGAAGUAAAGGAUGCAAUUACUGCCUUUCCAGGAAUGGCCACUACCCCUUUCUUAGGCUCAUAGCUUCUCGUCUCUUUAAGACGCUUUCCUUCCCAGGGUAGGCCUUCAGCCUCCUCCUUGGUGGUAGUGUGGCCUCAGCAUCCUGAGAAUCUCUAGCUCCAGUUUUUGAAAGCAAAUUAUAUUGUAUGGCUGUGGAGAUAAGCUGGGAAACUCAGGAGAAAGGCCUGAACCAGGACGGGGUGGUUGGAAGAAGUCAUGGGUGCUCUGACUAAUUCCUUGGUGGGUAGAAACAGCAGAAUGGAAGGUGUAAAAGGCUAUACAAAGAAAUGCAGAUUUGCUUGAUUUCCAUGAUUGUUUUAAUGCAUGGCGGAUUUAGUCCUGAGACUAAUAUCAUUACUGUUCUAUUGUAAGCUCCUUGAGGUAGGGCUCUCUCUCCCUCCCCACAACCAGCUUAUAUUAUUCUGUAAAGCAAUGAGGCUAUACAAAGAAUAAAUAAUAAUGAGACAUAAAAGAACUUGAAGUUCCCCAUGCUAACCCUUGGAUGAAUGGGAGCUCCUGCUCUGCAGACUUGCACUCUUCCUCCAUGUGCCUCUGCACCAUAGGUAAAGGUAAAGGGACCCCUGACCAUUAGGUCCAGUCGUGACCGACUCUGGGGCUGUGGCGCUCAUCUCGCUUUCUUGGCCGAGGGAGCCGGCGUACAGCUUCCGGGUCAUGUGGCCAGCAUGACUAAGUCGCUUCUGGCGAAAACUCCAAAUCUCAUGCUCCUUCUUUGCCUUCUGUUCCCUUUUGAGAGGUGAAGAGCGUUUUGGCAAUCUACGCUCAUAGGCCCCUUGUGCUUGUUUCCGCAGCAGAUGAGGAUUCCGGCAGCGGCAUCUACACAUGCUUCAUGAAAUCGCAUCGCUGCUACGACCUCAUUCCAACGAGCUCCAAGCUUGUGGUCUUCGACACUUCUCUGCAGGUGGGUAGCACCAUGUUCUUCCAGAGGGCAGAGGAGGAGGAGCCUCUAAGCAGGCUUCCAAGAUUCCUAGCUAAAGCCUCAUUCCUUCUUAACAGUUAGCCACAAAGUGGGGACACCCACAGACAAGAGCAGGGUUUCUGCAUAAGUGGGACAGAGUCUUUGAGCUGGCUUCCAGUAACGGAAUCAAGUGGUUGAAUUGGCCCUGCUGUGUGACUGUACUUUUUGUUUGACUUUCAGGUCAAGAAAGCCUUCUUUGCGCUGGUGACUAAUGGUGUGAGAGCCGCCCCCCUCUGGGACAGCAAAACGCAAAGCUUUGUAGGUAAGUGUAUCUCCUCUGAAGCACACAAGGCAGAUAUCUUUUGUCUUCCUGCCCACCCCCAGUUGACUGCUUAAGCUGAACUCUUUCCUCCCUUUUCUCUGCCGUAUAGGAAUGCUCACAAUCACGGAUUUCAUCAACAUCCUUCAUCGCUAUUACAAAUCAGCCAUGGUAAGUACAUUUUGGGCAAUAUCAUCCCCUUCUACGUUAAAAAAAGCCAAUAUAUACUGAGAUGAUUUUGUCUGGAAAGUGGUCUUUAAUACAGAAUUGUCAGCUGCCAUUGACUAUUUUGAGUUUCCCAAGAACAAGUUUCUAGCCCCUAGGACUUCUGAAAGUUUCCCUCUGCAAUGAGUGAGUGGAAACAUACAGAUUAGAGAGGGUGAGUUUUGGGGAUGGACUUUAGUUUUGGUCUCAGGAGUGUUUUUCUUUUCUGUUCAAUAAUUUCUAUGCUCCAGUCAGUUCCAGGAUGGUUAGCAGUACAAAACAGAGCGUAACAAAUCUAAAAAUAACACAUUCAGUAAAAAGAAAAGAAAAAAGACACAGCAGCAAUAAGCUCUUCACUCAUUGUGGACACUGAUGUUACUCUCUGGAGUCCAGAGCUCUAGUCAGCUGGGUCCUGCCUCUGAUAUUGGUGGGGGAACGACUUCUUCCAUAGCUGGGAUAUUAAAUUCCACCCUGAGUUCCCAAAGCAAGCAGGAGCUCCCAACACUUGCAGAGGUGGCACAAAGGCCUGUGGCUUCCGUUGCACUGAUGAUCUGCUCUGUUUCUGGUGUCUGCAGGUGCAGAUCUAUGAGCUGGAGGAGCACAAGAUUGAAACAUGGCGAGGUGAGGAGAAGGAGGGUAAUGGUGUGGGGCAAAUACAGUACGGAGCACUUCUGGAGGGGAAGAAUUAAAACCAGAAGAAUGUGUGUCGAGUGUGUACAGCCGUGGCGGAGAAGGAGUUGCUAUGCAUUUGGCAAAGCACUUUUCUUCCUCCAUGGUUUCCAAUUCAUGCCCUCCUUCCCCUGGCCAGCAGGAGGAGCUGUAGGUUUCUCUUGCUCCCCAUGCAUAGAACAUAGCUGUCAAGUGUCCCUUAUUUGAAGGGACAGUCCCUUAGUCCAGCGCCAUGUCCCGCUGCUGUUCCUUAUUGAUAGAUGUCCCUUAAAUGUCCCUUAAAUGAUGUCCCUUAAAUUGCAAAGGAAGCAGCUCCUCUCCCUCCCUCCCUGCCGGCCAGGGAGGAAGGAGGCUCCAACUGUGUUGCUUGGCUGUGUUGCUCACCCAAUAAGAAGUCUAAGAACGACUGGGGCAUGGAGCUUGCAUGCCUUGUGUGCUGCUAGUUAAUGCAAGCUGAGGGGGGUUUUGAAUGCUGGACGCCAUUUUGUUGCACGUGCUGCUGCAAACUUUGCAGUGCAAAGCCAGGCCGGGGAGCCAUCUUAAGUUGAGGCUGCGUAGGCCUUGUGGUGCAUGUGGUUCAGAUUCUAUUCAGUUGAACCUCUGGUUACAAAGUUGGUUGGACAGUGUUCUUGAAGCUACCAGCAUGAGUUUGACCAGACUGCAGGAGGACAGGAAGACUGGAGUGCCUGGAACAGGUGAGGCUGCAGGUCCCUUAUUUUGGCUGCUGGUCCCUUAUUUUCAAGGCUGCUGGUCCCUUAUUUUCAAAUCUGUAAGUUGACAGCUAUGGCAUAGAAUCAUAGAAUUGUAGAGUUGGAAGGGACCCUGAGGAUAACGCAGUAUCUGUGUUUCCUCUGCUACCUCCCAACACUUUGGUUCCAUUGCAUAACUGAGACUUUCUCUCCCACAUACAGAAGUCUACCUGCAGGACUCCUUCAAGCCCCUGGUCUGCAUUUCACCUAGUGCCAGGUAAGAAGCUCUGUCAUUAUGUGGUUGGGGGCUAAACUGUGUCUGCAUUUUUAAAAAAAAAAGUCUUGCCAAGUUCUUGCUUUCUACCAUCGCCCCAUCUGGCAGCCUCCUCAUUUUGCCCUGCCAAAGCCGCCACCGGUCAGUGGAUUCCUCAGUCAUCUCUUGCCCCUGGACUGUAGUGAUUCUGCCGCUUGUGCCUUGGUGGUCCUCUGCACAAACGCAUUCUGAUCUCCUCUCUUCUCCAGUACCUCCUGAGUUGCUCAGGCCACAAGCCCUGUGAUGAAAGUACCCACACAAAAGCAGGUGACUGGUGCCAAGCUAAAUGCAUAAAAAGAGGGCUUUGUCUUGUAUCUAGCAAAGCUCUCCCACUGGUGGAAGGACAGCCCCUUGUGCAAUGCAACUCCCCCUUCCCCUCUUCUCCCCACAUAAUUUGUGUGUGCGCGCAUGGGGUUGUAGAAGGAGCAGAAAUUCCACUGGUUAGGGGGAAGCCCUUGUGCAAACCAGGCAACCUCAAUGGAUACAACCCCAUACACUAUGAGCCAUACACAUGUGGGUACUAUAUGCAUCCACAUGCAAUAUUGGCACCCUGAGAACCUCAGCUUCUCUUUUAUGAACCAAGUUUCUAGCUCGCUUGGUUAUGAGGAGAAAUUUAGAAACAAGGGGACCAUUUCUAGGGAAGGCUAGACAAUAGUGGGAUUCUACAUAGUUCUUCCCUAGAAAGCUUUCUGCCCUGCACCUUAAGUCCAUUCCUUGCCACAAAAUAAUUUGCAAGCUGAAAAGAAAUGGUCCCUUAAGAGACAAGGCUAAAUUACAGAAUACACAGACACUUCAUUUAAAUGCUUUUGAGUGGAUAUCACUGAUCUACAGUCUUUAUUAGAGUUCCUCUCACAAUAGUCCUGUUAAAAGGAGGUGACUAUUACUGCUGCGUUACAGAUGAGGAACUGAGGCUGAAAGAUGGUGAACUUGCUUUAUGGCAUAGAUGGGCAGCUAGCGGCCUGCAGGCUACCUCUGAGCAAUUUUUAUUUGAACCCUGGUGGUCCCACCAAAUUUCAGUUGAGGUGUGGUAAACUAUUUACUCACAGCGAUACGUUUUCCAGUUGUACAAGAGAGAAGGAGGGACUGCACUUCAGUGUAACACCUCUCUCUUUGAUUUUUCUCUAUAAUGUCACAGCUGUGCUUGAUCCCAUGUGUUGCUGCCAUGAAAGUAAGCCCUUUCUGCAGGGGUGGGGAACCUUGAGUACUCCCGGUGUUGUUGGACUACAACUCCCAUAAUUCCUGAGGGGAGUUGGGCAUCCAGAGCCACAGUUUCCACAUCCCUGCUGUAGUUGCGCCAAGUUUCUUUAGAAACCUGGCAACCUGUAAGGAUUUUGUGUGUGUGACAAAAUACACUUUUGCCCUCCUCCCUCCCUGGCUGCUGUCUGGAAGCUAGAGCAGCCCCAGAGAAUAGAGAAUUAGGCUAUUCCUGUUCUAGGCCCCCCAUAAGGUCUAUGAGAUAAUGAUAUUAACUCAUUAUUAUGUUCCUGGGACUCCUUGCAUUCCCAUUCUGUCAUCUUUCCCAGUCAAGAGGAAGGAAUUGUGAGAUGGAUUCCCCCCAAUAUGCAACUGAUUUUUUUAAAAAAUAUGUUUUUUAUUAAAGAUUUCUUAGUUUACAACAAUAUGUGCAUUGUCUCUUUUUCAAGUUGUGUUUUCUACAGAUGUUUCAUUUGUUGUGAGACAUUAGUUUUACAUACAGUAGAUGCAACUGAUUUUCAUCAUCUGUUUGUGAGUGACUUUCCCACAAAAUGGCGCCCAAAAUGGAUUACAACAUAUCAAAUGAACAGUUGUGAGUACAGUAAUUGCCAUUCCACUGUGGUUCACCACAAUUCACUUACAUGCCUCAGAUGGUGGUGCUAUUCUUUAAGUAUUAGUAUUUAUUAUGUCUGUUAGUCACUUAUAUACAAAAGUCUCAAAGUGACUUAGCAAGAGAAAUAGUAGCUACACUUCUCACUUGUGGCAGCCUUCCUUCCCAGCUCUCACUGGUGUCUUCCUUCUCCGUCUGUCUUCUCCUUGGGAUAGGUUGGACCAUCAAUUAAAUAGAGCAAAACCCAGAAGUCAUUGCCUGUCCUCCAAGAAUCCCAGAUGCACCUCCUCUUUCUCUCUCUCUCCCUCUCCCUGAGCUUUUGACACAUCCCUUGUGGAGUCAGGCUCCUGAGUGUCCUUGUUGCUUCUUACCUGUGAUAUGCUUCCCCCAAACUUGUGACUUCCAGCCUGUAUGAUGCAGUCACCUCCUUGAUCCGGAACAAGAUCCACCGCCUGCCUGUCAUCGACCCUGACUCUGGGAACACGCUGUACAUCCUGACCCACAAGCGCAUCCUCAAGUUCCUCAAGCUGUUUGUGAGUGACCCCUGGCACAGGCCAGCUCAAAUAUUUACGGCUGGCGUUGCUGCAUUCCUCACCCGUCCCUCUGCCCUGGAGCUGUUUGGCAUAGCUGUGAGGUGCCAUCUUGUUCCUUUUUGUCCGCAGAGUUCCAGGUUGCUAUAAGAAACUGUAUCUUCUUAUCCUGCAGAUUGCAGAGUUUCCCAAGCCAGAAUUCAUGUCCAAAAGCAUCGAGGAGCUGAAGAUUGGCACCUACGAAAAUAUUGCCAUGGUCCAUACCAACACCCCUGUUUAUGUGGCGCUGGGCAUCUUUGUACAACAGCGGGUUUCUGCGUUGCCUGUGGUGGAUGAGUCAGGUGAGGUGCAUCUCUGCAGGGAGUGGAGCUCAGCCAAUGUAGACAGUUAGGGUUCAAGCAUUUCUUGUCUAUCAGUGGGUUAUAUUUUAAAUCAGUCUCUUGGAAACAGCAGUGUGAAUGAGAAGCUGCACUGUGUUAAAAAUAAGAACUGGAUAAGUUAAAGCCUUUUAACUUGAACAACUUUCUCAACGAAAUAAUUACAGAGUGAUCUAAAAUACCUUGGAAAGAUUCCCCAGUCAAAUGUCUGGGUAGAUACAGGUAGGUAGUCAUGUUGGUCUGCCGUAGUCGAAACAAAAUAAAAAAAUUCCUUCCAGUAGCACCUUAGAGACCAACUAAGUUUGUUAUUGGUAUGAGCUUUCGUGUGCAUGCACACUUCUUCAGAUACCUGGGUAGGUAGAUAUCACAAGAUCUAAAUAAUUCAUCUAAAUACAAUCAUUAAAAGUUGAUACUUGAAGUUAAAAGUGAAUUGAAUUGCUGGUUACAGUGGAAUACACCUUGGCUAAAGAAAACCAUGGUUCUAAAUAUGAUAAUCCUACCAAAAGUUAUAUUCAUACUAUUGAAUUUACCAUUAAGAGUUCUUCCUGAAAUUCUUGAUAACUAGCAAAAGAGCUUUAAGGAUUUUAUUUGGCAAAUGAAAACAGUAGCCAUAAAAACUCAGAGGAAUAAAAAUGGAAAGAUAGCUGUUCCACCUAUUACAAUAUAUUAUGAAGAGGCUAUAAUUGCUCACCUGAGAAUGUGGUUCUAUCCCGACAAGUUAUUGGUCUUAGAACAGAUUAAUAUUUUAGCAAGUUUAAAGAAUAUCUUAUGGUGUGGUACACAAUUUAAUAAAGAAAGGAUUAGCUCAAAUCCAUGUAUAUCAGCUAUGCAGAAUAACUGGUGUACAUUAUAAGCAGAGGGAAGAUACAUUUUAUAAUAAUUAAAUAAAUACCUUUUUAUAAUAUAAUUAUAAUAUAAUUUUUAUAUUAUAAUUAUAAUUAUUGUAAUGUUAUAGUACUAUAGUAUAAUUAUUAUUAUAAUUAAAUACCUUUUAUAAUAAUUAAAUAAAGGAAGAAAAUUUGCUUGGAAACCUGUAUUUUUGGAAAUUAUAUGGAUUUAUGGAGCUUAGGAAAUUAUUUUAGGAAGAUUCUGUACUGGUGUUUUAUAAAACUAUAUGUGUGGUUUCUCUUGGCUGUUUAUUUAGUUUGGUUUAUUUUUUAAAAACGAUUAUAGAAUGCUUUACGUGCUCAUUUUUGUUUGUUUGUUGAAAGGUCAGGGUCUGCACCCAUGAAAUUAUAACUGUUCACGUUCAGGAUCUGGCUACUAUGUGUGGGGUCAGAAAAGAAUUUCUUCCUCUGCCAAGUUCUAAUUGACUAGUGACCUAAGAGUGUUUUUCCUCUGUGUGGGUUGCUAUUCUUCUCGGAACCACCUCCAGCCAUUGAUCCUAUUUUCUAACACACCUGCUUUUUGCUUGUAAUGCAUCACACUCCAAAUUGUGGGGGGUAGUGCAGCCAAUACAGUCAUUGCAGCAGAGAUAUGAACAACAUACGAUAUCAGGGGAGGGAAGAGGGUAAAAUAUUGAGAUCACCUCUCAAAACUCCUAUCUCUGUCUUUCAGGCCGGGUUGUAGACAUUUACUCCAAGUUUGAUGUCAUUGUAAGUAUCUCCCCAGUCUUUGAUGAAUGCAGCUGGGAUAGCUCAAUCAGUAGAGCAUGAGACUCUUAAUCUCAGGGUCGUGGGUUUGAGCCCCGCGGUGGGCAAAAAGAUUCCUGCAUUGCAGAGGGUUGGACUAGAUGACCCGUGGGUCCCUUUCAACUCUGCAAUUCUAUGUUUCCAUGCAUGGGAGUACAUUUUGCUUUGCUUGCAGGCCCUUUCUCUCCCCAAAUAUUUUUCACGGGGCUCCAUUUGGGUGUUAGGCAUACCUGCAAAACUGGUGUGGUUUUAAGCUCUGGAUGUUAAAGGGGCCAGGAAGCCUCCGUUUCCCACAGCAAAGAAAGUGUUGGUGAUGUGGGCUAGUAGCCAAUAGGAUUUGGUUGGUGGCGCUUUCCUCAGAGUCCAUUUGACUGGAGUCAGGAAGUAAUGUUUCCUUGGCUCAUGCUGGCUUAGACCACAUUAACACCACACAUUUAAGUUACUAUGGGAUCACCUUAAGCAGUUAUAGCUUCUCCCAAAGAAUUCUGGGAGCUAUAAUUCAUUAAGGGUGCUGGGAGUUGCUAGGAGACAAACUGCAGCUCCCAGAAUUAUUUGGGGGAAGCUAUGACCAGUUAAAGUGGCAUUGCAGUACUUUAAAUGUAGGGUGUGAAUGUGGCCUUUGUGACCUUGAGUCCCACCUCUUCAUUACCCCUUUCCUCCAUGGAACGUGACUUGGAUCACUCCCUUAAAUCGCCUGUGGGAAUUUACUUUUGUUGACAUUCUUCAAUGCAGCUGCUGGCUGCUGAUACAACAGGGUCUAACUUGUGUUGGCAUCUCAGAGCACCGAUGAAAGGAUGAUCCUGUCUUGUUGCAAGGAAUGCGCUUCUGGUCUUUCUGUCUUAUCUUCUGUAAAUGUGCUGCAAGCAGUCCUAGCAUGGAAGCACACCAUGCAGAUUCAAAUUUCACAGAGUGGGGAGAAACAUUUUCCCACAUUCUUGCAGCCCGGGGUGUGCACAUGGACGUGGGGAGAACAGACUUUGGGAGUCGCAUGAAAGUCAAGUAUGCCGCCAGAUCUCCUCACCUUGUCUGUCUUCUCUGUGACUAGAACCUGGCAGCAGAGAAAACGUACAACAACCUGGAUGUGACGGUGACCAAGGCAUUGCAGCAUCGCUCACAGUACUUUGAGGGUGUGCUGAAAUGUUACAAGCAUGAGACUCUGGAGACAAUAAUCAACCGGUUGGUGGAGGCCGAGGUAAUCCCUAUCUGGAGUUGGUAACUCCCUAUCUGGAGUUAAAGCGCUCAGCAAAGUUGAACUUAAUAGAGGCAACUCCCCAUUUUACGCUGGGAUUAGGUUCCGAGGCACCCCGUGUUUAAGUGAAAUCACGUAUAUUGGGAACACGGUUGAAAGAACCUGCAAACACUACAGUUGCUGCCUCCAAGCCUCCUUGCUCAGACUCCAACUCUCCACAGGCCUCAAAGGGCUCCUGGGAUUGCACUUGCAAAGGCUCAUGGGCGCUGUUUUCUGCCAUUUUCACACUCUUUUUGGGCUGAUUUUGCCCCUUUUCAUAUAGCUUCCGAGUUUGCAGUGAUAGGCGUUUGCACGUGCAUUGAAUGUGCAUAAAUGGGGAGUUGCCUGUAUUGAAUCCCGAUGGGAGGAGCACACUUUACCCUCAAUAUGAUCACACCGAGACAGUCUUGAGUUUAGGAAAAUAAGAAAGCAACAUUUAUUACAGGGAAUAUAUGUUGGAUAGGAAAGAUACUGGUUCUUUCUAGCUACGGUGGAGAUUCCUUGAGCCAUGCUUGCUCUUACAUCUUCACAGGAGAGACACAAAAGGUGUCUCCUCUCCCAAGUUGAGGACAACGGAGGAGGAGGUGGGAAUUGAGUAUCAAGUCUAGCACCUGAUGGAAGGUCAGCACAGGUUAGGUCAGCAAGGACAACAGUCUAGGAAACUUGGAGGUUCCUCUCUCUGCCACCUCGUUCCCAUACAGACACAUCAGCCUCCGGUGCAAGCUGAGUUGUGGCACAACACUUCCAACAAGCCCUUCCUCUCCAACUGCUCCUUGGCCACUCUGUUUCAAUAAGGCAGCUGUGGGGAACUUCUGGGCCUCCAUAUGUUGCUGGACUACAACUCCCACCAUCCCUGGCUGUGAGCCCAGCUUUCUAGGGCUGAUGGGAGUUGUAGGAGCUAAAGAUCCCCCACUCCUGCAGUCGGGGAACUUCAGUGGUAAUACAGGGUAACUCAGGGUACCCAUAAGUACCAGAUUUUGUCUGGGUUGAUUUCCCCACCUCCUGGAAAAGGUAAUGAUGAAAUUGAAAUAGUUAUUUUGGUUUCUUUGUGGAAGUAGUUAAAUGAAGGUGCUUCUACAACAGCUGAAAUUUGGUGCGCACAUAAUCUGACAACUGAAUACGAGGAAAAGUUGGCCAGUGGGGCUUUUUUGUGGAAGAGUCUUGCCUGAAACCUGGGAUGUGAGGAUGACUUCAGAACAGCAUUUGUCAGCUAGUGAAGUCCACACUUUAUACAACCUUAUUCAGAUUGACAAGGAACCAAAGGUGCCCUUGACUUGCUGCUUAACCACAAAGCUGUUAUGUAAAAGGUUGCUUAUCACUGAAGGAUGGGAUUCUCAUUUCCAUGGAGAAACUUGGAAGGCUUUGAAUAGCAUGAGGGAAUAUUUGCAAGGGAAGAGGACGAGUACCAAAACACCAAAUUUCUUUUUCAUAUAGACUUGGGGACAAAUAGAUACAAAUUUUGUACUUAUGUAUUAAUUUACCACAGUCUCCCCUCUGUAUUUUGCCCCCACAACAGCCCUGUGAGGUAGGUUAGAUGACUGGCCCAGUGUCACUUGGUGAAGUUCAUGGCUGCAUGAGGAUUUGGACCCUGCUCCCAGUCCCAAUGCUCACUAAACCAACCUGGCUCUCUAAAUCACUACCACCCCUAAAUCUUGGCUGUGUCAAGCAAGUCCUCACAGGCCUUUUCUGCUAACCCACAGGUUCAUCGGCUGGUUGUGGUGGAUGAAAGCAAUGUGGUGAAGGGGAUCGUGUCCCUCUCGGAUAUUCUGCAGGCCCUGGUCCUGCCUGGCGGUCAGAAGCCCUGACUGCAGGAGGGCUGAGCCCCCCACCGUGAACCUGAAGCGUGGAGCAGCUGUCCCUUCUGCAUCGCCCUUCUGGCCAACCAGCUGAAGCCCAGAGCAGGCUAUGCGGCCAGCCCAGUCAUCAACCAACCCUCUGUGGGGUACUUCCCAUGGUCUUUCCCACCUCACCAGGCUGUGUGUCUCCUCCUUCCCCGUUUUGGUUGCAAAGGAGCCCCCAGGCUUGCUUGUUCCCUUGAGCUAGGUGUAUCGAGGGGCCCCCUCCGGCUGCAGGUUCAGGUGGGCUGUACUUGCCAUGCUUGGAGGGGAAGGAAAGGGAAACAGGCUUCCUGGGACGACUGCAAAGGAGAUCCAUGGGGAAGGGGCCACCUCAAAAGCCCAAACACACACAGACACUCGGGAGGUGGACCUCUGCAGGUGCCUAGUGGGCAGCAUAAGUCAUGGCAACUCUUGAGUGGGCGAACUGUGUGUUUGCGUAACCCCUGUAUCUCUGCAUGCCAUACGGGCGCAGAAGGGAUUUGUAGGUGGGAAGUUUCUAUCCUAGUGCCACUUUGUCACUUCCACCAAGCAAUACUCUUUCCCUCCUAGUCUCUGCACAGGUUGAGGGGGGCGUUUCUGUUUCAGAGUUGCCAUCCCCUGCGCUGCCCUUCCCAGCAGCAGAACCAAGCCCCAUUCCGUAAGUUACUGAAUGGCGCAAACGAGAUCUUCGCAGGAGCUGAAAACCACUUUCCAGGUCCUUGUGAUGAGCCUGCGGUGGCCGUUGGCUGUCCAGAGUGCCUGAAUUCCUGCUGAUCUGUUUUGGGACAGCCUCAGUAGCUCCUGCUCACCUUGGUCUUGAAUAUGUUGCCUAUCAGUCCUGCCUGUCAACUUAGCAAUGAUAGGACUCUGUAUCUGUGCUCUGGCAGAGAGAAAUGCGGUUGUCCAUAGGCAUAUUCAAGCUCUCCUUUUGAGGCAGAAACAUGAGUGCUUUUGAGAAUCGGCACCUAAUUCUUCCUUACCAAACCAGAGGCAGUUGCCUUGUCCCUCCGCUGCACAAGAGUAUUUUUCUUGCCAUAAAACUCACCUCUUUGUACAUUCCUACAACUGCUCCCCAUGUAAAUUGUACAACAUGUAUUUUUGUAAAGCCACGGUUCUGACGCUCCGUCCACACUCUUCCUGUUUUCUUUGGCUGGGAGGGGGGCAGCGCUCGUUCUCCGUGCUCUGCCUCAACUUGGAACUUUUAAAAAUGAUUUCAGGUCCAUGCAGGGGAUCCUUCCGGGGCCCUUCCCUUUGUGUGAUGUCAACUACUAUUUGUUUUAUUGAGAUUCUGUACUUAAUAAAAAAUUGAGGUAUCCUCUUUC